AACAACAACUACUUAGAGAAGAAGAAGAGAAAGACGACGACUUUGAACAGCUCUCUGCUCUCUGCUCUCUCUCAAAUCUCAAAAAAUGGGUUGCGGUGGAACAACUCUGUUCUACCCACUCCUCAUUACCCUCUCCGUCGCUCUCAUCACAUACAACAUCAUCAUCUCCUCCAACACUCCUCUCAAGCAAGGCUUCCCCUCCUCCUCCUCAUCCUCCUCUUCCUCCUCCUUCAUCGACCCAGUCAUCGAGCUGCCACGUGGCGGAUCCAGGAUCAGAGGAAACAGCGAGAGAAAGAGAAGGCUCUUCCACACGGCCGUCACAGCCUCCGACUCAGUCUACAACACGUGGCAAUGCAGAGUCAUGUACUACUGGUUCAAAAAGAUCCGAGCUUCCGCCGGACCCGGAUCCGAAAUGGGCGGGUUUACCCGGAUCUUGCACAACGGCAAACCCGAUCAGUACAUGGACGAGAUUCCCACUUUCGUCGCUCAGCCUUUACCACCUGGAACGGAUCAGGGUUAUGUUGUGUUGAACAGACCAUGGGCGUUUGUGCAGUGGCUUCAACAAGCUGACAUUAAAGAAGAUUAUAUACUUAUGUCGGAGCCUGAUCACCUCAUUGUGAAACCGAUACCGAACCUAGCUAAAGAUGGGUAUGGAGCUGCGUUUCCUUUUUUUUACAUUGAACCGAAGAAGUAUGAGAAGGUGUUGAGGAAGUAUUAUCCGGAAGAGAGAGGGCCUGUGACUGAUAUUGAUCCUAUAGGGAACUCUCCUGUCAUUGUCGGAAAGGAAGCUUUGAAGAAGAUUGCUCCAACUUGGAUGAAUGUUUCUUUGGCUAUGAAGAAGGAUCCUGAAGCUGACAAGGCUUUUGGUUGGGUUCUUGAAAUGUAUGCGUAUGCUGUUUCAUCUGCACUGCAUGGUGUUAGCAAUAUUCUACACAAAGACUUCAUGAUUCAGCCUCCAUGGGACACAGAGGUUGGUGACAAGUACAUCAUACACUACACGUAUGGAUGUGACUAUGACAUGAAGGGUAAGUUAACUUAUGGGAAGGUUGGGGAAUGGAGAUUUGACAAAAGAUCGUAUGAUAGCAUACCGCCACCAAGGAACCUUACAAUGCCUCCACCUGGUGUUUCACAGAGUGUGGUAACAUUGGUGAAGAUGGUGAAUGAAGCUACGGCAAAUAUUCCAAACUGGGGAGUAUAGAGACUAGAGUGAACAGUUUAUUUAUUGAACAGAUAUCUUAUCUGUAUGUUACCAUUUCUCUUCAAAAUAUGCUGUGGUUACCGUUGUAAGA